AUGGGAGCAGCGGGGGGAGGGCUCCGGGAGGCGCGGGGCGGGCUCGGGGCUGCGCGCUCGCCCGGGGAGCAGGAGGAGGAGACGCGGGAGGAGGAGGCAGAGAAAGAGGUGGAGCGGCCGCCACAGGCGUCCAGUGCGCCUUCUCGGCGCCUCGGGGAAGAAGCGAAUAAUCCUGGGGGGCCUCGGAGAAGAGCCGUGGCUGGGCAGGAGGCGCUGCCGCUGCUGGUUUUGUGGAGCCGCUCAGUUAUCCGUGUAGCCACUGGCUGCGCCCCAGCGCUGCGCUCUUCUCCGACCCGCCGCCCAGUGCUGCGCUUGGUCUCCCCUCCCCCGUCUUUUCCUCCCCAGGCUCUUCUUUUGUUGUCAAGUUCCUUUGAUAAAUGGUUGUGCUGUAGAGCUGAGAGAGGAGAAGGAAGAGGAAAAUAACAUACAAAAAAGACAAGAAUGGGGCGCGCUGAUUCACCUAUCAUUUUGGAAGGAAUUAGGAAGAGAGUUCUGAAGUCUAGUGCACCUAGCAAAAAAGGCCGAAGUGCCCGGCGAGCUGGAAACCCUGGCCCAGAGCGCCCAAAAAAUCCCGGACCGGCGCCUCUCCCCACCCCCACCCCCACCUCCACCCCCACCCUCACCCUUCGCUUCCUCCUGGGAGGAGGAGGAAGAGGAAGAUGGAGGAAACCCAUAACCGAGCAACCCAUUCCCGAGUCAGUUUGUCCAGCCCUGGCGAUGUUUUUGGAUCUGAGAAUUAAACUAUUGUUUUACUGUUCAGUCGGCAGUACUGGGUUCUAGCAUUUUCUUCAAACACCAGCACAAACUCGACCUGCUCGUUUGUCAACUUUCUCAGUCCCUAAUCCAAAUAUGCUGGAAACCCCUGACCCCAAGACUUGGUCACUGCUCACUCUUAUAAGCCUUGUCAAAAACUCUCUUUACCUGAGAGCAAGAACAGGCAGUCGUGCUCAGGACGCGGGGCUCAGAAUUUCUCAGUCGGCAGAGCAGGGCAGAGCACACCGGCUCAGCCUCAGGCUUCGAGGGAGGCGGGACAAGGAUUGCUCGGCAGUUUUUCAUCCGUGCCAGUGAAAAGGAAAUCAAGCCCUGACCUCCCCAGUGGAAAAAAAUAAAAACAGAAAUCAACAAUAGCAAAGCCCCCUCUGGAUUUUCAGACCCUGAUCCUGCCUUCUCAUCUUCGUAAGUUUCCAGCCGAGUUUGGGAAAGAGCUUUUUAAAGAAACAACGUUGGCACGACAUAGGGGGCCGGGGCAGGAAGAGAGAUAUCCGCGGGGAGUGUGUGAUAGGAGUG